AUGAAUUACUCGGAUAGCUUUCGGCGCAGUGCAUCCAGCAGACGUCAUAGUCAGCGUGCUGAAGACAACCACGGCAGUGGGCCUUCUCGUCAUCUCCUUAUCGGAGGCCCUCCCCGACCAGAAAAGGUGCCCCCUAGAAGAAGAGACAGAGAUGACGCCGAUCCGAGUUAUCAGCCAGGCCCAAGUUCAGCGCCUCCGCGGAGAGAAAACGUUUCUCGCCCAGAGAUUAAAGAAGAGCAUGAGACUGUAGCCUUUCAAGAUUCAGGUCCAAGAUCCAACAGCGCGCCUCGGCCUCCAGAUCGACGAGCACGGGUUGAAGACGAACCCGCAAGCUUGCACACUGGCCCAGAUCCAAAUCCACGUUCUUCAAGAACGGAUAGGCAAAGUUAUGCUUUCGAGCCGGUGGCUCCAGUACCAGAGAGAUCCGACGAGGAAGAUUGGUACACGUAUGAAAUUCGUCGUCACCCAUCACGAGAAAACAUACCUGUUUCCAUUCUUCGAGAGCACAUUCAACUACCAUAUGGCAUGCCACCAAGACGCUCACCUUCUGGAGCAUAUAAACCUCCUCCACCAGGAAAACCCCGCCCUCUACCGCUCAAUCCGAUGCCAGUUUUGCACGGACCCGAGUUUAGUAUUCAUCGCAACCGUCCACGCUCUCAUGAGGUACCUCCACUUCCACCACCACUUCAGCCACCGCCUCCUCUCCCUUACGGCUCGCAUGUGAAUACUAACGAAGGGCGUCCAAAUCGCCGCUCGUCUUCACGGGCCCAUCUCCUCCCGCCUGCACCGCCCACUGUUCCCCCAGGCUUCGUGACGCCGUCUCCGUACCUAGUCUCAUCCUACCAAUAUCCUCAGGACCCGGGUUCCGGCCAUGGACAUGCAGGCGGUGGGAGUGGAGGCGGUGGUAAUCGUCACGAUCUUGCAACACUCGCCGAGCAGCCCAAUCCUAAAGCAAACGAGAAAGUUCGGAACAGCAUUGUACUUUGCGUCUACCGGCAUAGCCAAAAGGCCUUCGACUACCGCUUCGUGCAGCUGCGAUCUUCUACUGGCCACCGGCUAGAUGGGGAAGGACAGCACUACACGACAGACUUGCAUGUCUUCCGAAAAAUGCGCAGGACGUAUGAGAAGGAACUACGGGGAAGUAUCAGGCGCUUCUUGAGCUUCAAAGUCUUAUCCACCGUUCGGCUUCUCCAGUAUGGCGACGGCAUGUUCUUCAGACCGGACCAGGAAGACGACAUAUUCUCUUCUAAAUUCAUGCGCAUCUGGCAAAAUCCAAGAGAAGAGCUGGACGGCGCCAUAGAUAUUUACGAGUGGAACCGGUGGUUGCUAAAGCAGAAAGCUCUCGCCGAAGGAUUGGAUAUGGCCAUUGAGCUGAUUGAGGACUAUGUCCCAGACCGUAUUGUGCUCUUCGCGGGCAUGUGGCUUAUCGGGAUCGCAGGUCUGACGGCAGGGUGGCUAAUCAAGGGCGGAGAUCCAGGAUUGGUCUCGACGGUCAUGAGCUUCGUGCUGACUUUCAUUGCUGCUGUGGUUGCAUUGACGAGUGUCUGGGAUUGGUUUGAUGGCGACCGCUCAAGAGAGAUUCAGCGACGUGCUGUGGUAGUGAUACAAGACCCUGAAGAGCGCAAGUAUACGAAAGUGGCACCUCAAUAA